GCGCGAUGGCUGCACUGACAGGCUCUUUAUUUCCGUUGGAGUCUACCAGCAACAACACAAAAUGACUUGCAAGAGGCGUAAUGGAGGACGUGCGAAACACGGCCGCGGGCAUGUGAAGCCCGUGCGCUGCACCAAUUGCGCUCGCUGCGUGCCCAAGGAUAAGGCGAUCAAGAAGUUCGUCAUCCGCAACAUUGUGGAGGCGGCCGCCGUCAGAGAUAUCACCGAAGCAUCGGUGUACCCACAAUUUGUUCUGCCCAAGCUCUACGCGAAGCUCCACUACUGUGUAUCAUGCGCCAUCCACAGUAAGGUUGUCCGCAACAGGAGCAAGGAAGACAGGAGGAAGAGAACUCCACCUCAGAGGAACUUCCCAGGCCGGGACACCAACCGUGCCGGUGGCAACGCGCAGAGGAAGUAAACGCGAGUUUCAGAUGAUUAUUAAUAAUAAAAUUUGAAAAAAAUA